UAAUUUCCAUCAUAACUUAAAGAAGAUUUUUUUAAAAUUUGAAUAAAUAAAUUUGUCUGGCAAUUAGAUUACUGACUACUUAAUUAUACAUUACAUGCAUAUAACACACAUAUUCAUAUUUGUGAGUUUGUGGGGGUUUUGGUGGCUUGUUUUGUUUUGGGGAUUUUUUGCUUGUUGGGUUUUUUGGUUUUGUUGUUGUUUUGUGGGGUUUUUGUGGGUGGUUUUUGGGUUUUUUUUUUGGUGUGUGUGUUUGUUAUUGUUGUUGUUGUUGUUGUUGUUGUGUGUUUUGAUUUCUUUUUCUUUUUUUUGUUUGUUUGGUUUGGUUGGUUGGGUUUCUUUUAAUUUUCUCUUUGAGUCUCUAAGAUUCAUGGACUGUUAAACCAGCUAGAACUUUUGGGGUGUUAUGGUCUUGUUUUUGUCAGGUCAUUAAAAUUCAAGCUGUUGAGACCAAAGCGUACUGUUUUUCUGGAAUGAAUGUCUCCUAGAACUGGUUACAAGUUCAAUUGCCCGUGCAAUUUGGUUCUUUCAUCAAGCCAGAUUGAUAGAUUAUGUUCCACCUCUGCCUGUGUGCCUGCUUUGUCUGACUUUCUGUGGAUUCCUGCAGCAAGUGGAUGGCUUGUGACAUGCUUAUUUAAAGGUCUUCAUCACCUCCUUGUUUAGUAUAGAGAUUUCUCAAGUGAUGAAAAGGCACAUGCUCUGAACAGAACCAAAACAAACUAUGGCUUGUCUUACAAUGACAAAUAUGGAAAGUGCAGCAACUUCUACUGCCCACCAGAACGGUGACAUCCGUGGGAAUAGCAGUGCCCCCAAGCAGACAGAACCAUUGCUUCAGGUGUACCUUUAUCAUUCUCCUGGGAAGACAGAAGGAGAUUACCUUCAAUUUUCAGCUGGAGAAUAUGUUGCAGAAGAGAUUUGUGCUGUUGCCUGUAAAACCUGUGGUAUCAUGCCAGUAUAUCAUAACAUGUUUGCACUCAUGAAUGAAGCAGACAGAAUGUGGUAUCCCCCAAAUCACAUCUUCCAUGUAGAUGAAACAACCAGACUCAUCCUAAUUUACCGGAUAAGGUUUUACUUUCCCCACUGGUAUUGCAGUGGCAGCAACAGAGCAUACCGGUAUGGCAUUCUUCGUGGUGCAGAAAGCCCUGUCCUUGACGAUCUUGUCAUGUCUUAUUUAUUUGCACAGUGGCGAGCUGAUUUUUUGGAUGGAUGGGUACAGAUGCCUGUUACUCAUGAAACACAAGAAGAAUGCCUUGGAAUGGCUGUUCUAGAUAUGAUGAGAGUGGCCAAAGAAAAGGACCAAACCCCAAUGGCUAUUUACAAUUCAGUCAGCUACAAAAUGUUUUUACCUAAGUGUGUGCGAGCAAAAAUCCAAGACUAUCACAUUUUGACACGAAAAAGAAUAAGAUACAGGUUCCGCAAAUUUAUACAACAGUUUGGCCAAUGCAAAGCUACUGCCAGAAACUUGAAACUUAAGUAUCUCAUAAAUCUGGAAACCCUUCAGCCUGCCUUCUAUUCAGAGGUUUUUGAAGUAAAAGAACCUGGUGGAGGUCCUUCUGGAGAGGAAAGUUUUGCAACUGUUGUAAUAACUGGAAAUGGUGGAAUUCAGUGUUCAAGGGGGAAACUUAAAGACUGCGAUACACUUGGAGAGCAGGAUUUGCAGACAUACUGUGAUUUUCCUGAUAUCAUUGAUGUCAGCAUUAAACAAGCGAGCCAAGAAGGCUCCAGUGAGAGAAGAAUUGUCACCAUUCACAAACAAGACAGCAAGAAUCUGGAGGCUGAAUUUCAGUCAUUAAGAGAAGCUCUCUCCUUUGUAUCAUUAAUUGAUGGAUAUUACAGAUUAACAGCGGAUGCCCAUCAUUAUCUUUGUAAAGAAGUAGCACCACCAUCAGUCCUUGAAAAUAUCCAAAGCAACUGUCAUGGGCCAAUUUUCAUGGACUUUGCUAUCAGUAAAUUGAAGAAAGCGGGUAAUCAGACUGGUUUCUACGUCCUUCGCUGCAGUCCUAAAGAUUUUAAAAAAUACUUCCUUACCUUUGCUAUAGAGCGUGACAAUACCACAGAUUAUAAGCACUGCUUAAUUACAAAGAACGAGAAUGGAGAAUAUAAUCUUAGUGGAACCAAGAGAAGUUUUAGUAAUCUUAAGGAUCUCUUGACCUGUUACCAGACAGAAACUGUCCGUUCAGACAGCAUAAUUUUCCAGUUCAUCAAAUGCUGUCCUCCAAAACCAAAAGAUAAAUCAAAUCUGCUAGUCUUCAGAAGCAAUAGUGUUUCUGACGUACCUUCAUCACCUACGCUACAGAGACACAAUAAUGUCAAUCAGAUGGUCUUUCACAAAAUCCGUAAUGAGGACUUGAUAUUCGAGGAGAGUCUUGGACAGGGCACUUUCACUAAGAUUUUCAAAGGUGUAAGGAAAGAAGUAGGAGACUAUGGCCAGCUCCAUCAAACUGAAGUUCUUUUAAAGGUGCUGGAUAAAGUGCACAGAAAUUACUCUGAGUCCUUUUUUGAAGCAGCAAGUAUGAUGAGCCAGCUUUCUUACAAACAUUUGGUGUUAAAUUACGGAGUCUGUGUCUGUGGAGAAGAGAACAUCCUUGUACAAGAAUAUGUAAAAUUUGGAUCCUUGGACACAUAUUUGAAAAAGAACAAAAAUGUUAUCAAUAUUUUGUGGAAACUGGAAGUAGCCAAACAGUUGGCAUUAGCCAUGCAUUUUCUGGAGGAUAAAGGCCUUGUUCAUGGGAAUGUCUGUGCAAAAAACAUCUUGCUUAUCAGAGAGGAAGACAGGAAGUCUGGAAACCUUCCAUUUAUAAAACUGAGUGAUCCUGGCAUCAGUAUUACAGUUUUGCCCAGAGAUAUUCUUCUCGAGAGAAUACCAUGGGUUCCUCCUGAAUGUAUUGAGAAUCCCAAACAACUAAGCCUAGCUACAGACAAAUGGAGUUUUGGUACCACUUUGUGGGAAAUCUGCAGUGGAGGAGACAAACCCCUGAGUGCACUGGAUUCUUCAAGAAAACUACAGUUUUAUGAAGAUAGGCACCAGCUUCCUGCCCCCAACUGGACAGAACUUGCAAAUCUUAUAAACAACUGCAUGGAUUACGAGCCAGAUUUCAGGCCUUCUUUUAGAGCAAUUAUACGUGAUUUGAACAGUUUGUUCACUCCAGAUUAUGAGCUAUUGACAGAAAGUGAUAUGUUGCCAAAUAUGAGAAUUGGAGCACUUGGAUUUUCUGGUGCUUUUGAAGAUCGGGACCCAACACAAUUUGAAGAAAGACAUCUUAAGUUUUUACAGCAACUUGGCAAGGGAAAUUUUGGCAGUGUUGAGAUGUGCCGGUAUGACCCACUGCAGGAUAAUACUGGGGAGGUGGUUGCUGUGAAAAAGCUGCAACACAGCACAGAAGAGCACCUUAGGGACUUUGAAAGAGAAAUCGAAAUACUUAAAUCUCUGCAGCAUGACAACAUUGUUAAAUACAAAGGAGUAUGCUACAGUGCAGGACGUAGGAAUCUAAGAUUAAUUAUGGAAUACUUACCAUAUGGAAGUUUACGAGAUUAUCUGCAGAAACACAAGGAGAGGCUGGACCACAAGAAGCUUUUGCUGUAUGCGUCUCAGAUAUGCAAGGGCAUGGAGUAUCUGGGUACAAAAAGAUAUGUUCACCGGGAUUUAGCAACAAGAAAUAUCUUGGUGGAGAAUGAGAACAGAGUUAAAAUUGGAGAUUUUGGAUUGACAAAAGUCUUGCCACAAGACAAAGAAUACUACAAAGUGAAAGAACCCGGUGAAAGUCCUAUAUUUUGGUACGCUCCAGAAUCUCUGACAGAAAGCAAAUUUUCUGUGGCCUCAGAUGUGUGGAGCUUUGGUGUGGUCUUGUAUGAACUCUUCACCUAUAUUGACAAAAGCAAAAGCCCACCAGCUGAAUUCAUGCGCAUGAUUGGCAAUGAUAAACAAGGGCAGAUGAUUGUAUUUCAUUUGAUAGAACUUUUGAAGAAUAAUGGACGACUGCCAAGACCAGAUGGAUGCCCUGAUGAGAUUUAUGCCAUCAUGAAAGAAUGCUGGAACAAUAAUGUUGCCCAGCGCCCCACCUUUCGAGAUCUUGCUCAGAGAGUGGAUCAUAUAAGGGAAAACAUGGGUGGAUGAGAAAACUGUCCCUCCUUCAGAGGAUGAGUUGGAAUGCAGAACAAAAUGUACUUGGUCAGCUGUGUAUAUUUGACAUGUGUACAUGUGCACACAUCUUAUCUUUGCUGGAAGUAAAAUCUGUGUGACAAAUACCCUAUCUCAAUCUGCAUACUAGGAAUCCUGCUAGGGUUUUUUUAUCAGGAUAUAUUUGUUACUAUGAGAACAUGCUGAAAUUCUCAAUAGGGAAAGAAAUUAUUUUUCUAAAUUAAAUAAUGGGCAGUCAUUCAGAAACACCAUUAUUUGCCUUACCUGGCAAUACAAAAAAGAGGUGACAUAAAAUGUGAUGAAACUAAGAGAUAAAAAACCAGUGUAUGUCCUUGCUGAAAUGGAGAUACCCAGAAAACACUUCUAGAAAUGCUUUUACACUGAAUAUAUAGUGACUUAGCAUCCUGUUUUGUGUGUUGCACAAAGACUUUGGUCUGUUAAUACAGUUUGAUGAUUUUUUCAUUGUUGAUGCAGAACUGGCUUCUCUGUGUAACAAAACAGAAGUUGCUGUGCCUGUCUGAAUCAGUUAUCAGCCAGCAGUAUAUCCAAAGAGAUGUGAUAGGCUGUGUGAUGUGCUGUAAGUACAUUGAGGGAAAGGGAGCAAAUUGUGUGUUAUUGGGAGAGACAGAAAAUUUACUAAUCCAUGCAAAAGUUUUAAUUUAAAAAUCAAAAAGCAAAGAUGUUAUCCGUUUUUUCUUACUCUUCCCUUGCUGAGUAUUAGACUGCUUUUAUAGAAUUGAAGAUAGAGUGAUAACACAUAGAAGUUAAUUCAUUUUACACAAAGGAGUGUCUUCAGUUUAAUUAAGGAAAAGCUAAACAUACUCCUUUUAAAUGCUGCCCUUUGUUUGCCUUCCAUCUUUGUAGUUUUCAUGAGUAUAUCUACAAGUUGGAACUUUCAAAGCAGGAUUAAAAAUCUAUAGAACACCCUCACUUUCACAAUUCCUCGCUUUGCUGUUAAGAUGAUCAUCUUAAUAUCUUCCUUCCAGCACAUAAAAAGAAUACUUACAACUCAGUAUCUGAUAUGGCCAGUCACAACCACAUCAAGCCUGUCCUGUAUUGAAGUGGCCUGAGCAUAUUUCUUUCUGUGGUAAUACCCAGCAUGAGACUAUUUGGAAGGAGGAGUUACAAGUGCAAUUGCUCCGCACUCAGCGGAGGGCAAGGGUAUGAUUCCGGUUACUGAGUACUGGAAAGAGAUCAGAGCUACAUGAAUGCUGUAUCAUUCAGCUUUUGAAAUAAGUAACAAAAAUUUUUGGACAAGAGAAUGCUUCGGUUUUGCCUUGAGGCAUAAAACUUGGGGAUAAUCUCAUAUCUCAAAGCAGUGUAAUUGCAGGGUUUGUUUAUUUUUAGUUCAAUAAUCUUGUUUGUUUGUUUGUUUUUACUUAAGCACUAGUGUUUGCAAAGUAAAAUUCUUGUUCUUCUUGGACUUCUGCUGAGAGAAGUUCAGUUAAGGGGAUAUACAGCUUGGCAAACUGACCUGACAUCCAGAUUUAUAUUUAAAAUGAAGUGUUUUUAAAAUUUGUGGCAGUGAGUUAGUGAAACAGAGGUUACUUUGACUGCAGAGCCUCCUUAAUAUUUGUUAUUAAUAUGAACUACAUACAUCUUAUUAGAAGCUGAAGAACCUCAACUUUUAAAAAAAGUAAAAAGAACAAAAACAAACCAAACAAUCCUUACUUAGUGUAACAUAGUGCCAGUAUAGCAGUAUUUUGUACCACUACGAUGUUUCUCUCCCGCAAUCACUCCUACAAAAUUACUAUUUUAUAGUACAACAGAGUGCUAAAUAGGGAGAGCAGCGUUGGCCUUCUCUCUGCCCAUUACAUUUAAAAUUUCUGUUAGUGUUCUUGCCACAAAGCAUUUGCAUAGAUGAUUUUUCAAACUAACUUCACAGUCAGUUUUUAAGCUGCAAAGAACUUAGAAGUGCUUUGCUCAACUUAACAUGUUUUCUCAAUUUCUGUACAUUGCUUUGAGGAUUUGAAAUUUUGUGCAAAAAAUGUCUUUGCAUUUGUAGUCUCAGUUAUGUGUACAUGGUUUUUUGUAACAAAGGAGAUAAAGCUUUAAAGCAUCAAGACAGCAUUUUAGCUGGAUAACAUAUGCAGGAAUUACGUAAAAUUUGCAGUGUAUGACAGUAGCUCACCGGUUUCAAAUAUGUAGUAAACAUAAUUUAUGUAAAAAUCUCAGGGAAGUUUGUGUAAUGCAAUGAAGAAAUCUUCCAGCCUGCUAAUUUUUCAAGUGAAUUAAAGGUCCUUUUCUUGUUCUACUACAGUAUAACUAAUUAUAUAGUCCAUUUGAUUGCUUAAAUGUAGUGGUGAACUCAAGGAUAAUUUUAAGUGUCUUGUGGAGUUCUUCGUUGGUUUUUGUUUUUUUACUUUAAUACUACAUCAUUUUUAGAGAAAGCCAUAUCUUUGCACUGCAGCGUAAUUGUGUGUUGUUGGUCACAGACAGUCUUUUUUAACAACCUGAGGCCUGUGCAGAGGGCUUGAUCAUUUGAGCUGAAUGUUCUUAGCUGGGAGAAUAGGACCAAGUAGUGCUUAGGACUGGGAGGAUGAUUAGUCAUCUGCAGUGUAAAUAGUUAGGUCCCAGAGCAGACCUGGUGGCUUUCUCAAAAAGCUGUUCAGAAUGUAAAUGUAGUGAUUUUGCUGACUUUGCUACUGCCAAUUGUGUAACCUUAAAAAAACCACAAACACCAACACCAAAAAACACUGUAUUUUGUAUUUUGAAAGCUCUCAGAUCUACAGUAGCAUUGAUAAUGUCAUAUUUUUACAUGGCUUUUACAUAAAUAGACUAAGUACUUUGUUUUAGAAACUGUCUCCUGUUGGCAUUGCAUUUGUCAUACUUUAGUGUAAUCAUUAUGCUAUCCAAAAUGCUGUUUGAUUUUGUUGGUAGAAAAAGUGCUGGUUUAUGUAUACAUGACUGCUACUACAGUGUAGAAUUAAAGUAUUAACUACGCUUUGCACUUGUAUUUGAAGUGAAAGAAUUUUUUAAUAAGUGCACAAUGUAUCUUAUAGAAUCUCUGCAAUCAAGUAUUGUGUUGUGUAGUAUUGGUUUGUUCUCUAUCAGUAUAAAUAUGUUAAGUUUCAAAGUAAGUUUUAAGUAUAUUCCAUACAGUAUUCCACAAUCUUGCAACAGUCAUGUAGUAAGCCAGAGGAGAAAUGAAUUUUCAGGAAAAAAAAUCCAUGUUCUUGUCAAGUCCUAGUACUGGUUAAAAGGUUCCAUAUUUGAGAUAUUCGUUAUUAAAUGUGCUAAUGAGUACAGCUGUGAAGAUAUAUGUAAGAAAUACAUUUUUCCCCAAAAUUAAAUUUUUAAUUGUUGCAUUUGGUUGAGAUGUUGACCAGCUGCCUUGAAAUGUAUGGGAAAAGAUGUUACUCUAUUAAGUAUGAAGAAAUGUAACUCUUGUGUAAAGAAAGCGAGCUUUUCAGGAAUGCAGGAUCACAAACACAGUGUAAUCACAAACAAAAAACCAAAAACAUUAAAGUUCUGAGAGUAAAAGUAGGGGUGUAGAAGAACAAGAUUAAAGGGAGGAGGAUGAAGUUCAGCAUGGGAGAAGCUUUCUGAAAUGUGAAAUGCACAAUGAAUUAUGAAAAACUGAUGUCUACUGAAAAUGCCAUACCAAGACAAAUAUGUGCUAAUAUAUUUCUAAACUGUAUUGUCUGCCUUAAGUCUGAAAUAUUCACAGACACCUAAUCUGGCUGAAAAACUUUCAGUAAUUGCUAUACCAAAGUAAACUACUAAAUGUUGUGCCAUGCCAGACAAUUCUGAAAAGGUCUUUGACUAAGAAAUUUUGUUCUGAAUUUUUCUUUUUGAAUAAGAGGUUUACAGUACUUUAUAUUAAAGUAGAAAAAGUCCCUUGGUGGUAGGGAGCAGGGAGGAAAAGAUACCUGCUACUUAUGAUUGAAAUGUAAACAUUUGAACACAUGGUUUAUUGAAGAGAACAUGAAAGGGAUAUUUUUAGAAAACUGUAUCCAUACCUGAAACUUAACUGUGUGUUUCUUUUGCAUUUGGAUAGUGAAAAUAAAAUAACUGAAUACAAUGAAUGA